CCCUACCAAAAAUAUCGUCCUCCUCCCAAUUUAGCUCCAUCGCCGCGCAGCGGCGAGGGCGCUAACUCACCGGAAGCUACGAGGCCGCCAUUCAACCGGAAGUGACGGCGAAUACUCAAAUAGCUUCCCUGGAGAACUUGAUCACUGAGAUUUCUCUGGCUCUCUACGGUCUGAGAUCACAGCAUUUUCCAUCGAGCCUCUCAUUUCAUAGGCAAAAGGUAAAGUUUAUCAUUUUUUGCUAGACCGCGAAUGGGUCAGAGUUCAAAAAAGAAGAAGAAGAGGAGUGACACUGGGCGGAGAAGCAAGGGAAGAUCCCUGACUAAAGAUCAGAAUUCACUUGCUAAAGAUAGUGCUGAGUUGGUUGCAGAAGAGCUUACUGCAUUAUCUGCAAUAUUUCAAGAUGACCUUAAAGUCGUUUCUGAGUUUCCUCCACAAAUUACUCUCAAGCUCAGACCUUACUCAAAAGAUGCGGGGAUUGAGGAUACCAAUGUGUCUGCUCUUCUUUCUGUAAGGCUAAUUCUAAUGCUCGAGAAGGAGCAACUUCUUGAGUCAACAGUGUGUAUAAAUGAGCAGAUUUUUCAGAAGGAUGCUGUAAUUGCUACCUACAAACCUUGUAGAGGACCUUUUGUUUUUGGCUUCGUAGAUCUUUUUAAUGGUUCCGCGGAAUCAUGGCAUUGCAACAUGAUAAUGGAAGGGAAUGAUAGGUUAGAUUCUUUAGUGAAUAUGACCACAUUAGAGAGCUUAAAAAAUGAACCAGAUGCUCCAACUUCUAAAGUUGACAAAGUCAUGGAGCCAUUGAUGAUGGAUCCAGAUAUUAGGCGAGUUUCAUUGCACAAGUCUACCAGAAGUUUGGGUACUCUCGAGGAAGAAAGUGAAGGCGGGAGUAGUAGUUCUGGCGAUUUGAGUAGGACAUUGUCUGACAGCGAUGAGUCAAUUGAAAACGUUGCCAUUGUGAAUAAUCUUUUUGCAGAUGGCAAUCCAUCAGGAACUGACGAUGGAAGUGAUGAAGGAAGUGAAUCCAGUGGGCCUCUAUCUGAUGCAAUGCCUGGAAUAUUGUCAGAGCUGUUCAACCUAGGGCUUGUUUCAGAGCAAGUGCGAGAUUUGGCAAGCGAACCAUCUUCAAUUUUUAACAAGGCUUUUAGUCGGGCAUUUCAGCAACAUAUGGUUUCAUCUAAGAUUUCACAGUUUUGGAAAGCUUCCUCCGAUUUGGAAGUACAAAAUUCUCUGUCUAGUCCAACUUCGCGUUAUUUAAAUGACUUUGAGGAGCUACGACCCCUUGGGCAUGGAGGCUUUGGUCAUGUUGUACUUUGCAAGAAUAAACUGGAUGGUAGACAAUACGCUGUCAAGAAAAUACUGAUGAAGGACAAGAACCCGCCCUUGAAUGACCAUAUUUUGAGAGAAGUUACCACACUUUCGAGGUUGCAACAUCAGCAUGUGGUCCGCUAUUACCAGGCAUGGUUUGAAACAGGGAUUGCUGGUUCUAGUGAUGCCAUGUUUGGCUCCAGGACUGUUACGAGCUCUAGUUUCAGCUUCAAGGAUGCAAGCUCAUCUGAUGCUUUUGGGAAUGAGACCAAGCUUGAGUCAACAUAUCUGUACAUUCAAAUGGAGUACUGCCCAAGGACACUUAAGCAGAUGUUUGAGUCAUAUAGUCACUUUGACAAGGAUAUUGCAUGGCAUUUAUUCCGACAAAUUGUAGAAGGAUUGGCACAUAUACAUGGACAAGGAAUCAUUCACCGUGAUUUGACUCCUAAUAACAUCUUUUUUGGUGCUCGCAAUGACAUUAAAAUUGGGGAUUUUGGGCUUGCAAAGUUCUUGAAACUGGAACAGCUGGAUCAAGAUUUUGACGCUGCUGAGAUAGUUGGAAGUUCUGUUGAUGGUACUGGUCACAUCGGUACUUACUUUUAUACUGCACCUGAAAUAGAGCAAGGGUGGCCAAAGAUCAAUGAGAAGGCUGAUAUGUACAGCUUAGGAGUUGUUUUCUUUGAGUUGUGGCAUCCAUUUGAUACAGCAAUGGAGAGGCAUGUUAUUCUUUCUAAUCUGAAGCAAAAGGGAGAACUUCCCCCCUCUUGGGUUGAUGAAUUCCCAGAUCAGGCAUCCUUGCUGCGGCGCAUGAUGUCCCCGACUCCAAUAAAUCGCCCAUCAGCAACAGAACUUCUUCAACAUGCCUUUCCACCUCGGAUGGAGUAUGAUUUGCUAGACGAUAUGUUACGGGCAAUUCAUACCUCAGAUGAUACAUUUAUAUAUGAUAAAAUUGUCAGUGCCGUUUUUAAUGAGGAGAGGCCAACAGCAAAAGAUCAUACUGAGAAUAAUGGAAGACUGAUGGUAUCGGGAAAUGAUACUUCAUCAAUCCUAUUCAGUGAUUUUGAGACAAAUAAUCGUGAUAAUGUUAUGGAGGUGGCUAAAGAAAUAUGCCGGCGACAUUGUGCAAAACAUUUGGAGAUCAUUCACAUGCGAAUGGUGGGUGAUUGCCUGCAGUCAAGUAGGAGUGCCGUCAAGCUUUUGACCCAUGGGGGAGACAUGAUUGAGCUUUGUCAAGAACUACGAUUGCCGUUUGUAAAAUGGGUGAUUGCAAACCAGAAAUCCUUUUACAAGCGUUAUGAAAUUUCAUACGUCUACCGACGGCCAAUUGGUCACUCACCCCCAAAUCGCUAUCUACAGGGAGAUUUUGACAUUGUUGGAGGAGCAACGGCAUUGACAGAGUCAGAGAUCAUCAAAGUCUCGAUGGACAUUAUUACUCACUUUUUUAGAUCAGAAUCAUGCGAUAUUCAUUUAAAUCAUGGCGAUCUGUUGGAAGCAAUUUGGACUUGGGUAGGCAUCAAACAUGAGCACAGGAAAAAAGUUGCUGAGCUUCUCUCUGUGUUGGGAUCUUUGCGUCCUCAGUCUUCUGAAAGAAAGAGAAAAUGGGUUGAAACACGAAGGCAACUCCGACAGGAGCUUAAUCUUGGUGAAACUGUACUGAAUAGACUACAAACUGUUGGGUUGAGAUUCUGUGUGGUUGCUGAUCAGGCCCUUCCACGACUCAGAGGUGCCCUUCCUGCUGAUGAUUUGACACACAAGGCACUUGAUGAAAUUUCUGAUCUUUUUAACUAUUUAAGAGUUUGGAAGAUUGAGAAGCAUGUCUAUGUAGAUGUGCUGAUGCCACCAACCGAGAGUUAUCACAGGAAUUUGUAUUACCAGAUAUAUUUACGGGAAGACAAUAGCCCCGGGAUGGAGGGAACAUUACUUGCUAUUGGAGGACGCUACGACCACCUGUUCCAUAACAUUGGGGACUCAGAGAAUAAACUGAAAAAUUAUCCUGGCGCUGUUGGGACUAGUGUUGCUUUGGAGACUAUUUUGCAACAUGUUUCUGCGGACAUUCUACCCUACAGAAAUGAUAUGGGGACAAAAGUUCUUGUUUGUUCGAGAGGAGGUGGUGGGUUAUUGGUAGAGAGGAUGGAACUAGUGGCUGAGCUAUGGGAGGAAAAUAUCAAGGCUGAAUUUGUACCGUUGUGUGAUCCAAGCCUAACUGAACAAUAUGAAUAUGCAAGUGAGCAUGACAUCAAAUGCCUUGUCCUCAUCACCGACACGGGUGUUUCUCAAAAAGGAUCCGUUAAGGUCCGACAUCUUGAACUUAGGAAGGAAAAGGAAGUUGAGAAAGAGAAGCUGGUGAAAUUUCUAUCUGAAGCAAUGGCAGCUCAGUUUAGAAAUCCGGCCAUUUGGAGCUAAUGUCAUAAAAUAGAAUGGAGAAUGGAUGGACAUCAUAGUAAUCAAGAAAUCUGUUUGGGAUAUUACUCACUUUCAACUUUUGAUCAAUUUGCUGAUAAUCAUCAUGAAUUAAAUGAGGCAAGUGACAUAUCUGAGGCAUCUACACUACAGUCUCCGAUGGAAUUCAAGAGUCUUCACGGUUCUGGCUCUUUAGGAAGUGAAGACUGAAGAUGAAAUUGCUUAUACGUAUGUUCAAGCAGGCCAGGGAGAAGAUAAAUUCAGGAUGGAACGAUAAUUUUCACAAAAUGAUGAGUUUUACGGAGCUCUUACAUGUUAGAGCUAUUCAAUUUUGGUUUCAUGAUCAGUUUUCUGAUACCUCUGCUGCGGCUCCAAACAGCUCUCAGAUUGGGAUUUGGAAAUCAAAGUUGCUGUGCAGGUGUGAUGAAGGACGACCACGUGUAGCAUGACAUCCUUGCACUUGUCAAGGACGGAUCGCACCCUCUUUUUUAUUAGUCUAAUUAAGACAAAGGAUUCUA